GAGCGUGCAAUCCUUCGGUACUGACCAGCAGUCUUUCUCGGUUAUGCUGUCUCCACCACGCAUCUGAGGCGUUAAUCUUCUUAAAAAUGUACCACUGCAAUCUGCUGAGUUCCGUUUUAAUGCAGGGAGUGGACCUGGCUUCGUAGCCUCGUGGUUAGAACAUACAGCAGUGAAACUGGAAACGUGCUGUCUGAAACACACUAAAACAAUGCUGUGAACAUUAAGCAUUAGAUACUCUGAGGACUCAAGUAAAAGUAUUUAAGAUAUCCAUACUAGAGAUGUAAAACUUUCUUUUUCACUUUUGGCAGAUCAUCUGGCUUCCGAGGGGCUUGAAGCCCGUGCAUUGAACAGGGCAGAAGAGCACCCGAUUACCAGCAGCAGAUGUUGUACCGGCUGCAGAACACCGAGGAUUGGGCAGCAUCCAAAUACCUUUCAACGACCUCUCACUUGGGCUCAUCUUUGUCUGAAACUUCAAAUAUGUUGAGGUUAGCAUUCCGUGAAGGAAGAUGCUUUGUAGGAGUAAGAGCCUCAGCUCCGUGGUCUAUUCCUAUCACUGCUAUCUCUGAACAACAACUUUUUCACAUAAAUUGACAAAAGUGCAGAAGACAUGGCCAGUUCAGCGCGAGAACAUCUGCUUUUUGUGCGACGUCGCAGCCCACAGCUCCGGUAUACUCUGAGCCCAGAGAAUCUGCAGAGUUUGGCAUCUCAGGGCACCAUGGCUGAGAACAUGAACUUGCAGCGUGCCAACAGUGACACUGAUUUAGUGACCUCAGAUAGCAGAUCUAGUUUGACAGCCAGCAUGUAUGAAUACACCUUGGGGCAGUCUCAGAACCUUAUCAUUUUCUGGGAUAUUAAAGAAGAAGUUGAUCCGACUGACUGGAUUGGACUUUAUCACAUAGAUGAGAACUCUCCAGCCAAUUUCUGGGAUUCCAAAAAUCGUGGAGUGACUGGCACACAGAAAGGACAAAUUGUAUGGCGAAUUGAACCUGGCCCUUAUUUUAUGGAAUCUGAAAUAAAGAUCUGUUUUAAAUACUACCAUGGUGUUAGUGGAGCCCUCCGAGCUACUACUCCAUGUAUCACUGUGAAAAACCCUGCUGUGAUGAUGGGAGUAGAAGGCACGGAUGAAGGUGCUUCUGGAGCCCAGCACUCUCGGAAGUUAGUCAGCUUUACCCUAUCAGAUAUUAGAGCAGUUGGGCUUAAAAAAGGCAUGUUCUUCAACCCCGAUCCUUAUCUAAAGAUGUCCAUUCAGCCAGGCAAGAAAAGUACAUUUCCUACAUUUGCUCAUCAUGGUCAGGAAAGAAGGUCGACCAUCAUCAGUAACACAACUAACCCUGUUUGGCACAGAGAGAAAUAUUCUUUUGUUGCACUUCUAACAGAUGUCUUGGAAAUUGAGGUUAAAGACAAAUUUGCCAAGAGUCGUCCAAUCAUCAAGCGCUUUCUUGGGAAGCUAACCAUACCAGUCCAGAGACUAUUGGAGAGACAUGCAAUUGGAGACCAGAUUCUCAGUUACAAUCUUGGCAGACGGCUCCCAGCUGAUCAUGUAAGUGGCUAUCUCCAGUUCAAAGUGGAAAUCACAUCUUCAGUUCAUGAAGAUGCAUCACCAGAAACAGUCGGCACUUUGCUAGGAGUGAACUCUGUAAAUGGAGACUUGGGGAGCCCCUCUGAUGAUGAGGACAUGCCAACAGGACAUCACGAUACAUCCACAGUGUGUUCCAAUGGGCCAGUCCUUGAGGAAUCUUCUGGAGAAACAAUCCAAAGACAUAUUUUAAGGACUAGUACAACUCUGGAAACAGACCAGGAUGAGAUAACCUCAGGUGCUUCAAGAUCAUCACCUACAAGAGGUCGCCAGGACUCACUAAAUGACUAUCUGGAUGCAAUAGAUCACAAUGCUCAUCCCAGACCUGGGACGUCUGCCUCUGGUGAAUGUCCACGUGGAGCCUCCCCAAAACUGAGGAGUAGCUUCCCUACUGACACAAGACUUAAUGCGAUGCUUCACAUUGACUCGGAUGAAGAGGAACAUGAGCUACAUCAAGACCUGGGUUUUCCAUCUUCCUUGGAAGAUGAUGGUGGUUUGGUAAUGCUUAAUGGUGCUACAAGAAGUGUUGAAAGAGAUGGUUUAAGUUGCUCAUCAGAUCAGGUAACACAGGGGCCUGCAGAGAAUGAAAAUGUUUCAGCCUCUGAAGCUCCUUUGCCUUCAAGUGAUGACCAGCCAGAGAGUCCCCCAGAGCUUCCACCAUCACAGUUAGCAGAAGGGGAAAGUCCACAAGGUUCUCAAAGUGAAACACCAGCAGAGCAGGCUGGCAGAGGGUCGUAUGCUGCUCAGGAGGUAGAGCAGCCUCCUAGCAGUACAGAUGCAGGAGCUGCCGAUGCUGCUGCUGGGAGCAGAAGGGGUGUUAGUGAAACGGAAUCCAUUGAUCAAGGGUCUGAACCUUCCCAGCUGUCAUCAGAAACUGAGCAGAGUGAUCCUGCUCGCACGGAAAGUGUCAGCGAGGCUAGUACCCGACAGGAAGGGGAGAGCGAUGUGGAAGGGGCAGACAGCUCUUGCAACGAAAGUGCAACUGUGCGUCGUUCCUCAGUUGAAAUGCGGUGUUCUUUUGAAAGUGCUAGGUUUCCUGAGACUCCCACCUUCUCUCCUCAGGAAGAGGAAGAGGGAGCUUGUGCCACUGAUGUGGCUAGAACUCAGCCAGCUGCUGAAACACAAGACUUUGCAAGUACUUCGGGCUCUUUGCCUGCAGUACAGUUACCUCAGGAGGAAGUACAGGAGGCUGAAGCAGGUGAAUUACAAGACCAAGAGGAAGCAGAAGAAAUCUGGCAAAGAAGAAGUCUGCAGGCAGCAGCUGCCAAUAGCCAGUCUCAGGAUGAAGAAACGGAAGGAGCCCAAGCAGCUUGUGAGGGUGCCACAGCACAGGUUGAAGGAGCUACUGGAGGUGCUCAAGCCAAUGGCCAUCAGCCCUUGAGGUCGCUGCCUUCGGUACGUCAGGAUGUUAGCCGGUACCAGAGAGUGGAUGAAGCUCUGCCACCAAACUGGGAAGCUCGAAUUGACAGCCAUGGACGAAUUUUUUAUGUGGACCAUGUGAACAGGACAACAACGUGGCAGCGACCCACAGCCCCCCCAGCCCCACAGAUUCUCCAGCGGUCAAAUUCCAUACAGCAAAUGGAACAGCUGAAUCGCCGGUACCAGAGCAUCCGCAGAACAAUGACUAAUGACAGGCCUGAAGAGCAUACAAAUGCAGUGGAUGGAGCUGGAGAGGAAACUGACUUUCACCAUUCUAAUGCAGAUUUUCGAAGAGAGAAUGUGCUGCCUCACUCUACCUCCAGAUCCAGACUUACUUUAUUGCUCCAGUCUCCCCCUGUGAAAUUUCUUAUCAGCCCAGAGUUCUUUACAGUGCUGCAUUCUAACCCUAGUGCCUACCGCAUGUUUACAAAUAACACGUGUUUGAAGCACAUGAUCACCAAAGUCCGGCGGGACACCCACCAUUUUGAGCGCUACCAGCAUAAUCGUGAUUUGGUUGGCUUCCUAAACAUGUUUGCUAACAAACAGCUGGAGCUGCCAAGAGGUUGGGAAAUGAAACACGACCAUCAGGGCAAGGCUUUCUUCGUUGACCACAAUUCCCGCACGACCACAUUCAUUGACCCUCGGCUUCCCUUGCAGAGCAGCAGGCCCACUAGUGCUUUAGUCCAUCGGCAGCACUUAACCAGGCAACGCAGCCACAGUGCUGGUGAAGUUGGCGAGGACUCCCGUCAUUCAGGACCACCAGUUCUACCAAGACCAUCCAGCACAUUUAAUACAGUCAGCAGAGCUCAGUACCAGGAUGUGGUUCCAGUGGCUUACAAUGACAAGAUUGUUGCAUUUUUGCGGCAGCCCAAUAUCUUUGAAAUUCUACAAGAGCGUCAACCAGAUCUUACCAGGAAUCAUUCACUCAGGGAGAAGAUCCAGUUCAUCCGGACAGAAGGAACACCUGGGUUGGUGCGUUUAUCCAGUGAUGCAGACCUUGUCAUGUUGCUCAGCUUGUUCGAAGAGGAGAUCAUGUCAUAUGUGCCGCCACAUGCCUUACUUCAUCCUAGUUAUUGCCAGUCCCCAAGAGGCUCACCAGUGUCCUCGCCUCAGAACUCUCCAGGUACUCAGCGUGCCAAUGCCCGAGCUCCUGCUCCUUACAAAAGAGAUUUUGAAGCCAAGCUGAGGAACUUUUACAGGAAGUUGGAGACUAAAGGAUAUGGACAAGGCCCAGGGAAAUUGAAAUUAAUCAUCAGGCGAGAUCACUUGCUAGAAGAUGCCUUCAACCAGAUUAUGGGUUACUCAAGAAAAGACCUGCAGAGAAAUAAGCUCUAUGUCACAUUUGUUGGGGAAGAAGGGUUGGACUACAGUGGACCUUCAAGAGAGUUUUUUUUCCUGGUAUCUAGAGAGCUCUUCAAUCCAUAUUAUGGUUUGUUUGAAUAUUCAGCCAACGAUACCUAUACAGUACAAAUAAGUCCCAUGUCUGCUUUUGUAGACAAUCACCAUGAGUGGUUCAGGUUUAGUGGUCGAAUCCUUGGUCUUGCUCUGAUACAUCAAUAUUUGCUGGAUGCCUUCUUUACACGACCCUUUUAUAAAGCCCUUCUCCGAAUACUCUGUGACCUGAGUGACCUGGAAUAUCUUGAUGAGGAGUUUCACCAGAGUUUGCAGUGGAUGAAAGACAAUGAUAUACAUGAUAUCCUAGACCUCACAUUUACCGUAAAUGAAGAAGUUUUUGGGCAGAUCACAGAACGGGAAUUAAAGCCAGGAGGAGCCAACAUUCCAGUCACUGAAAAGAACAAGAAAGAAUAUAUAGAAAGAAUGGUAAAAUGGAGAAUUGAGAGAGGAGUUGUACAACAAACGGAAAGCCUAGUUCGUGGUUUUUAUGAGGUGGUUGAUGCAAGGCUUGUGUCUGUAUUUGAUGCAAGAGAACUGGAACUGGUUAUAGCUGGAACAGCAGAAAUUGACUUGAGUGACUGGAGAAAUAAUACAGAAUAUAGAGGAGGUUAUCAUGACAACCACAUCGUAAUUCGGUGGUUCUGGGCUGCUGUGGAAAGGUUCAACAACGAGCAACGACUAAGACUUUUGCAGUUUGUUACAGGCACAUCCAGCAUACCUUACGAAGGAUUUGCCUCUCUAAGAGGGAGCAAUGGUCCAAGAAGGUUCUGUGUGGAGAAGUGGGGGAAGAUCACUGCUCUUCCAAGGGCUCACACUUGUUUCAAUCGUCUGGACCUUCCCCCUUAUCCAUCAUUCUCUAUGCUAUAUGAAAAACUGUUGACAGCAGUUGAAGAGACAAGUACUUUUGGACUUGAGUGAUGCACAAACCACAGUGCCCGGCUCUUUGGACUUUUGUGGAUCUGCCUUCUCAAAGAAUGAAUGAACGUUUGUAUUGGAUUUCCUAGAGGAAAAUUGUUUUAUGAUGCAAUUCAAAUAAUGAGGUUCCAUGAAAGAGCUUAUGAAGCAAUUAUAAAGCGUUGCGAUAGUGGCAGAAUUCUCUGCAGUGAAUCUAGAGUGUGCCUGACGUGCAGGGAAAAACAAGUCUUGCAAUCCACACUUUUUCAGGUUGGCCAAACUUGUUAUGUUUUAUUUUCUGAGCAAACAAGAAAUGUGUGAUCCUGUGUUGUGAUCAACCUGACUACUGCAAAACUGACAUGUACCUGAAAACUGGAUUUCACCAGAGUUGCUGAAUAGAAAAUUCAAGUCAAAAUGUGAAAUCAUUCAGGCCCCCACCUACUCAGUAAAUUAGCGAAAAAUCAUACGAUAUACUUUUUUUUUUUAAGACUAUUCAUGAAGGUACAUUACUUUAUGCCAUAUGUUAUAACAGCAUAUUCAGUAUUUGCUGUACCUAAGACUACGAGUGCCUGCAUGGUGUGCACCAUAGAAUUCAAGUUCCUGUGACAGAAGUGAAUUGGAAGGAAAGUCAGUAAGAAAGGAUGCAAUAACAAUGGCUUGCAUUAAGGAGGUUUGUGGAAAUGUGUUUGCCAGUGCUGUAUAUGACAAAAGAUGAGCUGUUAAAUGAACUUAAUAACUUCAUAAAAUCAGACUGAUUUUAUGGUUUGUACUGCAUGGAAACUAUUUUAAGAAGAAACUAGAAAUUUAUCGCAGCAUAUCAGGAAAAAAAAUCCUAACACAGCGACUUCUGUUUAUUUUUAUAGGCUCAUUGUAUUACGUUUCUUAGAGUGUACACAGGAAACAAACAAAAAUGCUCUUUCUGUUUUUGUCACUUUCCAUGCUUGGACAGACAUUCUGCUAGUGUUUAUUCUUUGAGCACUAUCAAAGGAAAAAAAAAAAGCCUUUUAUUUUUAUAAGAGUAAAAAACUCCCAAAAAUAUUUUGCACUGAAUGUACCAAAGUUGAUGGGACAUUACGAUCUGACUGACAGCAAACUGUAUCACUAUCAAGUAUCUAUAAAAACGCUUAGGAACCAGGCUUUCUUCAUGGUGCCAUGUCUAUAGAUAUCAGGACUGUGCACAUAAGUAAUAAUUUUAUAAUACUAUAUGUGAUAUCGUAAUAUGCAUUUAUUUUAAAUGCAUCUGGAUCAUUUUUCAUGCAUUGGAUAACUUAAUGCAGUGGAGUUUAAUACAGAUAUUUCAUAUGCUCCCCACAACUUUUUAUUUGUACAGCACCAUGAAACACUAGCUCGUUUGGAAAUCUAUGAGUAACCUACUCUAAGGUGAGUCACUGGUCAUAAUGCCACUGUUCAUAUCAAUGAACUCCUACAAGAUGUAAAGUGUUCAUUGUGUCUUGCCUCUUCACUGACAAAUAGUUUUCUUAUAAAAUGUUAUUUGAAAGAAUUUUUAUGGUAUAUCAAACAUUGCAUGGACACAAAUUUCCUCAUGCUUAAUUUUGCUGAAAUACACAAGGCUUGCUUGCA